AUGCCUCCUGCUGAGAAGAAGUGGGAUGCCAACGCCGAGCGCGAUCUUUGCGUCGCUAUCAUCAUGGGCGCCCAGGACGGUGAGCGCAUGCGCUACAACUGGCCCAAGGUUCACAGCUCCAUGGAAUCUCUUGGGUACUCCUUCACCAAAGAUGCUAUCUCGCAGCACUUCAGCAAGUCCAUUAUGCGCGACUUCAAGGGUCGCCAUGGAGAAGUCUCUGCUGGCGAAUCUCCUGCUCCCGCUUCCACGCCUACUCCCAAGAAGACUCCCCGCAAGCGCGCCACUCCCGCCAAGGGUCGCAAGAAGAAGGUUGAGUCCGAGGAUGAGGACGAGGACGCUGUCGUCUCUCCUCUUGCCAAGAAGAUGAAGCACAAAAAGGAGGAAAUCGACGAUGAUGUCAAGAUGAGCAAGACUGAGGACGAUCGCGAGUGGGUUAUGGUUGUCUUUGAGUCUGGAAUAUGUUACUGA